AAAGAGCUGUUUAACUUGGAAGAACAAUACACUAGGCUUUUGCUUCUGCACAGAGAUUUUCUCUGUACUCCCUGAUUUAGAGCAGAACUCCCUUUCCAGCCCCCAAAUGACAGUAAUUUCUGCAAUCAGUGGUGCUCUUUUAAUUUGCAUUCUCUAUGAAAUAAGUGCAGUAGAGUUUACCAAUUCCACUGGCUCAUUCCUGUCAACCAAUAAUUACACUGAUGUCGAAGCAGCCUUGGCAGCUCAUUUGGAUUCUGCAAACAUCCCCAAAGCCAGGAGGAAACGAUACAUUUCACAGAAUGACAUGAUCACUAUCUUGGAUUAUCACAAUCAAGUCAGGGGCAAAGUCUUCCCACCAGCAGCCAACAUGGAAUAUAUGGUUUGGGAUGAAAAUUUAGCUAAGUCUGCAGAAGCAUGGGCAGCAACCUGCAUUUGGGACCAUGGCCCUUCCUUCUUGUUGAGAUUCCUAGGACAAAACCUCUCUGUAAGAACUGGAAGAUAUCGAUCCAUUCUCCAACUGAUAAAACCUUGGUAUGAUGAGGUGAAGGACUAUGCCUUUCCAUAUCCUCAGGACUGCAAUCCAAGGUGUCCUCUGAGAUGCUACGGGCCCAUGUGCACACAUUACACACAGAUGGUUUGGGCCACUUCCAAUCGAAUAGGCUGUGCAAUUCAGACAUGCCACAACAUGAACGUCUGGGGAUCAGUUUGGCGACGAGCUGUAUACUUGGUAUGCAACUAUGCCCCAAAAGGGAACUGGAUUGGAGAAGCGCCAUAUAAAGUAGGAGUGCCAUGUUCUGCUUGCCCUCCCAGCUAUGGAGGAUCUUGCACUGACAAUUUGUGCUUUCCAGGGGUGACGUCAAACUACUUAUAUUGGUUUAAGUAAGGUGGUGAAAUAUUUCAACCACUGUUACAAUAGAAUGAUUAUGUAACUAAAUCUUGUAUAUGAAUUUUGCACAUAAUGUAUAUAUAUAUUAUAAUAAUGAUAACGUACGUUGUGCGUUUAAGAUGUAGCAUAAAUCUAGCUACCCCUGCUGAACUGAUAGACACCAUUAGACACUACUAACAGUGGGUUAAAUAUGCAUUAAGAGAAAGGAAUGAAGAGAAAGAAACACUAUGCAACAGGCUGAUCCACAAACAAGCAAGACUAGAGCACUUGGACUAAUGAAGAUUCACCAAUAGGAAAACAUUGUUUUCUAAGACAGGGUUGGGUAAAUAAGUCAGGCCUUAUUUGGAAGCAAUCUUUUUGUAUAAGAUAUUUUGAACUUUAACAGUGUCUCCUGGCAAAAUUGUGAGUGGUAAAGGACAUGUAAGCCUAUAGGCUAUAUAAAUAGUCAUAGCUAGUAGAAAUUGGCCAGGUAGAAAAGUAUCAUAUAUGGGUUCUGUCUGUGAGUGUGUGCAUGUGUGCUAUUGUUUAUGACAAAGUAAUUACAGUCUAACAAAAUGAAAAUCCUGAACUAAGUAUAUAUAAAUUUUUUUAAAAAUCAGACAUCCUGUUCUUAAAUUAUAAUAGCAUACAGUUGUAUAGGUUUAUUGCUAUAGAAUCUAGAUAGUAGGACUCCCACAGCUGUUUUCUCAAAAACAUGUGCACUAUUAUAAUUGUUGUUCAAUGUUAUGAACUGAUAUUAAGGCAAACAAUUGGAUAUGUCACUGCAGCUGAAGUGAUAUCUAUUACAAAAACAGUAAAACUAUCUUGGCUAUGGCAUUCUUGUCACACCUCUGCACCUUUAAAAAACUGUUACCAAAGACCACAGCUUCUCCUUAAGAUACUGCAUGGCAUAGCAUCUCCCCUAAGUAUUGCCAUGCAUGCAUAUGCCUUUGCAUCAGUUCUUCCAGCUGGUGAAGCACAGCUGAUGGCCAGUAUCAAGGAUCAUGUACAGCAUGAGGCCUGAAGUAUGUCAGCCCUUGAGAUGCCAGGACCAAAUAUAUGCUACCUGAUAUUUAUAUCCUUCUCUUCUCUACCACAAGGACUUUCAGUCAGACAUCCCUUGCAAAUUCCAUGCUCUGAAUGCAAUUCUGAAAUGUAUGGUGGUCGAAUUCAGAUUGUGACCAGAGCAUGUAAGAAUGGCCAUAAUUUACUUAUUUAUUUUACUUCAUCUCAGCUUUCUCCUCAAUGGGUACCCAAAGCAGCUUACAUCAUUUUCCUCUCCUCUAUUUUCCCCUCACUAUAACCCUGUGAGGUAGCUUAGACUGAGAUUAUGUGACUGGCCCAAGGUCACCCAACAAGCUCAAACUUGGGUCACCCAGAACCUAAGGUGUGUCACUUUAGCCACACUGCCUGUUGCUGUACCACACUGGCUCUCUGUUAAGAUUAACAGAGAGAUAAGAUUAAGAUAAGCCUUCCCUAUACUUUUUCCUGAUCUAAAUGGCCUCAGGGAACUAUUUGUCCUGGAGAGGAAGCCCACAUGUUUCCCAAGUGGGGAAAAGAGUGGUUCCCCAGGGCUUUUUCAGUUUGGGAAAAUGAUAUGGGGGCAGGGGUAUGCACACAAGUCCCAAUGCAAAUUGGAUCCCCACAUGGCUGGGAAUUAGGUUCCAAGCAUCGAAGUUACAAGGCAUAUCUGAUUGAAAGUUCUUUUGGUAGACUGGGGGAGGGUGUGAGGAGGAUAACAUAACAUAUAGUUUGGCCCAGGUAUAAUUUCACAGUUUUUAACAGGGAGUCACUGAAAUUUACGUACUCUGUGACAAAACAAGAAUAUCAGAGACAUGUACUCUUAUUGAGUUAAACAACAAGUCUUGUGACUGGCUUUAAUAAUUAUGGAGGUUUAAAAACAGGUUACUUUGUUAUAAUAACAUAGUAUAAUUCAUAUGUAGUGUCAACUUCAGCUGGAAAGCAAAGACCCAGACUUUGCUUCUCAGUGGAGCACAAAUUCAUUUAGGUGUCUUUGGAUGGGUCAGUGCCCCUAGAUAAAAAUUUUCACAUGACUGAUAUUGUUCUUGGAAAAUAAAAUAGGGAAUUUACAAUGCAGUCCUAAACAGGGUUACUCUAGUCUGUGCCCAUUGAUUUCAAUUGGCUUAGACUGGAAUAACUCUGCUUAGGAUUGCACUGUUAACUUAUCCUAAUACAUAUGCAUGUUUCACAGUGUUCUGCUGAGCAUUUUUCAUACUCACAUGACAGAUGGUGAUCGAGCAAUAGCUCUGUAAAAGUACAGAGAUUGAUUAUCUCACAUCUCGAUUGUCAAUGUAUUGACAGGCGCGGCACCCUGAGCACUGGGAAGAGGAAUGGUCAAAAUGCCAACCCAACAUUAAUUAUUAAUAUUUGAAAAAAAGAGAAUGUCAUAAAAACUGUAAUGACUUCUGGAAAUAACACAGUAUGCUUUCUAAACAAAUAAUAAUUGUAAAGUUAUUAUUCUGUAACGUAGCUAAGUAUUACAAUGGAUAUGGCUAUAUUUAUAUACAUAUAUGUUAUGGUAGUGUUACUCUUCUAAGUUAAAUUUUCAUUAGCUAGUUCUGAGGAGUAGUUUCUUUUAAAAACAUAGGUAAUGAAACUUUGCCUUCUCUAAACAGGUGUGCAAAUCUUUUCAUAAUAUACAACAGUGGUGCUAACAACGGGCGAAACCCUGGCUCUUUUGAAACCAGCAAUAUUUUAAUGCCUUUUUCAAUGAAGCUGGGAUUUAGCUCAUAUAUCCAUUCUACGCAUAAUGGACAGCAGUAAGAAACAAGUACAAGAUAAGCUAUUUCACAAGAGCAGCUUCUUUUAAAACAGGCAGCAAGUUCUGGAGGGUUCAACUGAACAUUUUUCAUAUGGCAGGGAAGCCUUUCAAUAAAUCAAAUAUUUAACAUAUAAUUGAAGGCAGAUUUCCCAUUUUAAUCACAUAGAAGGCCAUUGUAAAACUUUCUGCUGUGUUUACUUGAACUCCUAUAAUCCUUAUUCUCAGCUUUUUGUGGGGUUAUGCCAGUGGUGUUUAAAUUGUAUCCCAAGGAAUGCAAUUUAAGGUGCAGAAGACUCAGAGCUGUAGGGAUAAAAUGCAGCUCAAAAACAGGGUGCAUGCUCUGCAUGCAGAAGGUCCCUGGUUCACUUGCUGGCAUUUCCAGCAGACAGAGAGCAGCUGCUGGGAAACACAUUUCUCUGCCUGAGAUCUCCCAGCCAGAACAGUCUUGAGCUAGAAGAACCAGAGAUCUGGCUUAGCAUAACAGAGCUUCGUGUGUUCAAGGGACUUCGGUGACAUUCCACAAAGACGAAUUCCUUGGAUUUUUUAAUUUGGAGAAUAAUAAUGGCAGACAAUCUUCCCUUGAAGACAGCUAGAACAAUACAUGCCUUGUAAAGUCCAAGGAGAAUGCUAGGUAUGUUAAAAGUUGCACUCAGCGUAUGACUUGCAGAAGGCUAACAGGUUUCUCUUAUGACCUAUGUUUGUUGGCAGAUACCAAAGAUAAAUAUGUUUCUACAAAGAGAGAUAUGGGUUCCUUGGAAUAUUAAUUGAUGUGAAAUAUAGGAAGUUUGAAAACCACUGGUUUGUAUAAUAGCAAAGCUGAGAAGUGUUAAUUUGCUUUCAUGAUAGGUAUCAAUGGUGCUGGAUAGAUUAGUUAAAUAUGAAGUUGUGUGUAUUUGCUAGAAACAAGGCAGGGAUUCAAUUCUUGAAUGAACCUGGAUAAUCAUAUUGCAACUGUCUGAAGUUGAAGCCACACAACUGAUGUUUUCCUGUAUUGCUAGCUAUGUACACACGAUAAAACAUAGGAACAUCAGCACAAACUUGGACAUAUGCAGCUCAAGUUUCAUACUUCACAGAAAAGGAGAAGGUCUGGUAGCUAGGUCUUUGGACCUCUCACUGAUUCCAAUGGAAUUUCUAUUUCUUUCAAUGUUCUCACUUUAAAAUAGCUGCCUAUGAGUUGCAACAGGCUGGGGUAAACUGAUUAAUCACUUUGCAAGCUUUCUGGUUAAAAUAGAUAUUCUGUUGGAAAAUACUUUUGGAUGUAAAAGCAAAUAUUUUCAAAGAAAUUAAAACAGAGUAAAUGUUAAAUUGAUCUUCAAACUGUAUGAUGAACUUAGAAGAGACAUAAGAAUAAAAACCUACAAGGAUGUCCAAAACGUCUUUAGCAGAGCAGCUAGCUUUUAAUACCAUAAUAAUUGCCUACGUUUUUUUGGCUGACUUCCUUACCAAACAACAGCCAGUAGCCACAUUUUUGGUGCUAGUCUUUCAUGUUUGCAGUGUUAACUGUACACAGUGGUGUUAAAUGUGUUUUUCUUAUGUUUUCCUUGACUAGGAGUUUUAUUUUUGAUAUUACCAAAUAUGCGCUGGCAAUUGUCACUUUCCGUACAAGGAGAAGCAUUGCAUCCCAUAGGAUGACAGUAAUUUUCUUUCAAAAAAUCAUCAAUAGAUGUGAAUUAUUCAGAUGAGAACCAGUGGGAACUAUAUAUACUUAAGAGGCAAAAAGGGGGGUUGCCAAAAUAACCCACAACCAAUCACAUCAACAUUAGGCAAUUCUUAUGGUUGCCAAAUGGAUUUUUAGUCAGAAAAUGAGAGAAGAACAUGUGCCAUGUAAAUAUUGAUUUAGAUUAAAAAGGGAUUACAUUUGUUCAGUUGUUCUUCUGGGAAAUAUAUAGUAGUACAAAAAAUAUCAAAAAAUAAUAAUGUGCCGAAAGCUUACUGUCUUGGGGGGUAAGUAAGGUUACAGAUUGUUGUUGUUUCUUGAGUCACUUACAAACUUCCACAAAAGGAUGUCUCAAUAGGCCUCUUUCAACCAGUGAGAUAAAAUCUAACAGUGCAAUCCUAAAUAAAGUUAUAUACUCCUAAAUCCAUUGAAGAUAAUGGACUAAGAAGGGUGUAACUCUGUUUAGGAUUACUCUAGUAAUGUUGCAGUGCACACAAUGUAUUACAAACCAAGACUGUCACUGCUCAUUUUAGCUGCUAUAUUAUUAAUUGAGCUGAUGUUCAGUUCAGGCAAAUUGUCUUAAAACGAUCAUGAUAAUUGUAGAUUACAAUAACAAUAAAGCACAAUCCAGGCAACAUUAAGCACUUUAAGAAACAUUGCUUUCCAUAAUGACUUAAAAGGCAUAACUCUGAGUCAUGCCCAUGGUUUAUAAAGGCAUCAUCAAAAUAAUGAACGUGUUCCAUGACUUUGAGUUCAGGAGCUAACUAACAGUGCAAUCCUAAGUAGAGUUAUACCCUUAGAAGGCCAUUGAAGUAAAUGGGUUUAGAAGGGUGCAAUUUUGUUUAGGAUUGCAUAGUAAAUGCCCAGAUUUUUAUGUGUCAUCCUAAACAGAGUUACACUCAUGCUGCAGCUCAGACUAUCUAAAUAAUUGUGGCUGAGAGCACAAUAUUAGGUCAUUUAACUGAUUUUGAUUUUUACAACAUAACACACUGAAUAAUAUAGUCCUUGAACAGGAAACAUGACAAAAAUCUACAAUUUCAAUCAAUAUGUUUUUAGUAUUUGACAACAUGGAAAAUAUCACUAACAUAUCACAUCAAUUAUCUUUUCAGGUUAUGUUCUUUGAUAAGCUAACUUCAAAGCCUAUUUACAUAUGCCAAAGGCAAAAAAAACCCUUUGCUGUUCGCACCGGUUUUGAAGUUAUGCUAUUUUAACAGGUCUUGUUUACUGCAGUUCUAUAACAGUAUAGGAUGGUAAAUGGCAUGAAGACUGUGGAUAUUAUCUGGAGUUAUUUUUCAGAUGCUGCUUAAUCAAUACUAAGUCAAAAUUACCCUGUCCAAUUAGUUUUAUUUCAGUUUUUGGGGUCAUUUUGACCAGAAUGUCAGUAGAUUCUGUGCUAUGUUGAAAAAUGUCUCUAGAUAAUUUCACAGUCCUUCUGAUCAUUCUUUCACAUGGAUCUAUAAUGAAUAUAUUCUGUGCCUCUGAGUUCAGAAUAUAAUUUAAUGAUGUACAACACCAAGCUGUUUCUCAAGUAUGCUGUCUGCCAACAACAACUUAUACAUGCCACAAUUGAUAGAACAUCACACAAUGAAGCACUAAGAAACUGAUGAAAAUAACUCUUAUCUAAUUCAUUACCUUGCACUACCAGCAUUGUAUCUACCAAAGACAAUUUAAGAGGUUUUUACACACUGUACAUCAAAAAUAUUUUAAGUGUGACAGAUGUAAAGUUGCAAACAAAGCUAUCAUGCAAGUAUGCUCAUUAAGAGGAGCAGAUUGGCUGGACCAACACUGGUUGUCAGUCACAUAAGUAGCCCUGAUAAGAUGACCUAACAGAAGAUAUGUAUUCACAUUCAGAUUGCAAAUAAAUGCAUUCAGUUUUGUUUUCAAACUGUUCAAUCUGUCUCUGUUUACAUGGUUUGUUUCCUGUAUAGCAACAGUGUUCUGAUGAUUUCAAGAGAUUGACUAUCACACCUGUAACAGAAGAUAUGCUUCUUGUUAUCUGAAACAAAGACUUAAUCUGUUUUUGUAUGUAUUAAAAAUCUUGUUUCUCUUUAUAUUCCCUUUGUUAGGGCAGAUCUUUACCUUCAAGAUUUCCUAAGAAUAAAGUUCAUUGUUUGACACUGGUGUUGCAAUGAAUAAACCUACUUUUUCCA